UGUGGUAUGUAAGAGGCUGUGGCACAAAAGAGGAAGUCUCUAAAACCACUUCAGUGAUUACGUUUAUAUCUAUUCUAUCAAACACUUCACGAUGGAGGGAACUGUACUAACUGCUGUCCAGAGGACAAUGAAUAACACAUUUUGUCAACAGAUCAGCUUGAACUUUAAAUACAAAUUUCUGCCUCCUGUUUACAUCUUAGUCUGCAUCAUCGGUCUGGCAGCUAAUGGAUGUGGAUUGAAAUCUCUGUGGCAGAACUGGAAGAAACUGGGUAGCGUCAAUGUUUUUGUUCUCAACCUUGGACUUGCAGAUAUUCUUUAUCUUCUCACACUCCCAUUUUUGGUGGUGUACUACUUCAUGGGGAGUAAAUGGAUCUUUGGAGAUGCAUUCUGCAGGAUAACAAGAUUCUUCUUUAACCUGAAUUUAUACGGCAGCAUUGGGUUCCUUACCUGUAUCAGUGUGUACAGGUACCUGGCUAUUGUCCAUCCAAUGAGAGUGAAGGGAAGAAUAACUGUCGCCCACUCUGUGGGGAUCUCGGUCAUGGUUUGGAUGUUGGUGAGCGUUCAAAUACUUCCAGACAUGUUCUACAACAAAACAUUUGGAAAAAAGCCUUGGAAAUGCUACGACACUACCAGUAACGUCUACGUUGAGGAUUACCUGAAAUACAGCCUCGGAUGGACCCUCACUGGGUUUUGUAUUCCAUUCCUCAUCAUACUGGGCUGCUAUGGACAUAUGAUUGUUUUUCUCUGCUGCACAGAAAUCACUGACAAGGUUUUGAAACGGAGAUGCUUGAGGCUGUUGUGCAUCUUGAUUCUUCUCUUCUCUGUUUGUUACGCCCCCUAUCAUCUUUUCAAGAACCUCAACCUCUGGUCAAGAGUUCUGUUCAGACAGAAGAAUUGCAGGGACUGGUUUAAUGGAGUCUACAUUGCUCAUCAGAUAAGUCGUGGUCUUGUGUGUCUGAACAGUGCUCUCAACCCUCUGGUUUACCUUCUUGGAAAUGAAGAUGUUGCUGCUCAUCUCAGAAAACGACUUCAGCAAUCUCGUCAGAUAUGCAGCUGCUUGAAUCUGUCAAACUCCGGCUGUCUGCCUGUUGCACAAACUGCAGAUGAAGUUGAACCAGAGUUAAGAUGUUAGAAACUAAUUGUUCAAGCUCAAACGGUAUGCAGCUGCCCAUCACAACUAGUGAACAA